GGAGCGCCUUGCACAGCGAGCACAAUGCAGAGAGACUGUGCAACCACUCGUUCACCCACAGACACACGUCAGGAUGCUGCAUCUACCUGCUGAUCUAUGUGCAAUGUGUGUGUGUCUGUGUAUUUCCUGCACUGUCUACAUUUAGUUUCAGUCUGUAUUUGGUUAUUCUAAUACUUCCUCAACUAUUCAUGGUAUUAGCAGCUCAAACCAAACUCUUUAAAACCAUGUUUAAAUAACCCACAUACGCUUUGUUUCACUCUGCACAGCUUCUUAGCCUCCUCUACUGAAAGGGACAAUUGCCCUUUAAAAGCAGAGGGCGGGCCCCAUGCAUUGCUGUGGCUGAUAAAGACUGAGAAGUGGCUACUGUUUGUAGGGAGAUUAUUGUCUGUGUGCACUGCGCUCAGCAGUGACAGUCGGGGCGAAGGGGACGGGGGAUUAACCUCUGAUUGCAGAGAGUAAGGUACAGAUCUUCCUCUAAUUCUUCUAUUUUCUGUUGUUUAGUGAAUAUAUAGAACAGGGUUAAUUUUAUAACCGGGUCGUUAUGCUGCAUGACUUGUCACUGACAGGGUUAAUGUGCUUGUAAAAAUUCCUGAGUGUAAUUCUGUGUUGUGUAUGUGUGUGCAAGGUGCAUGGCUUACUGAUGCAGGGUAUUUUUUUUUUAUUUUUUUUUUAAAUAAUCAAAGUAAAGUUAUGCUAUAGGACCCCUGUCAUUUGAAAGGUAUGAGUCUGUAAGAUUGUACCUUUAUAUCAUGUUUACAAGUCAGUGACGUGCGUGCGUGUAGCCAGAUAUAAUGUAUGUGUAAUGUGUUUGCAUGUCCUGUAAAUGGGAAUAGAGGUCACCCAUGCCUUUGUGUUUGCAGUAAAUGAAAUCUAAUGAGCAUGAAUGUAUACAAUGUAAUCCUAACUUUCUAUAUGUUCUUCCUGUGCAGUUACUAUUUGUGUGUUAGCGAAUACGCAAAAGGUUUUACAGAUUUAGAUCUCCCUUUUUAUGUCCUUAAUGUGCAAGUUUCUUCCCUGUAUUUAUGAGCGUGUUUGGAAAUAUUUCGAUUUUAUGGAUUUGAAUGGUAAUGGUUCUCCCGAAAUGACUGAUAAAUGAGUCCUUUUGUUUAAUUACUGUUUGUUCUGUAUGGUUCUUACAGUGACUGUCCAGGUUUAAUCAGAGACCUGCUCACUGGCUCUUUGUACGAUUCUUUGUUCUGAACGACUUUCAAUGAUCUGAAGUUUUAACACCUCCUGACCCGCUUGGUUGUUAAUUCCAACAUAAUGACUGGAGCUUGUUCCUGAAACACUCCUGAUAAUACAAUUGAUGUCUCAUGGGACUUUGUAAUGCUCAUUAAUUCACCCCAGACAGCCCUUUGUUUCAUGGGAUCCGACCUUCUCUGCCUAUGUGAUGAAACGAGACUGUCUUCGAGACAAAGUGGGAUCCUCUGUAAUCCAUCUUUCCAAAUAAGGUGUGAUGCGGCUUCUUUAGACUACAGGAUUGACAUAAUGAAAACAAGUAGAAAAUCCAAAGUGUUUGGCUUAUUUAUUUAUUUUUAACAUAUUCUUCUCAUUAUUCAGAAUAUUUGUUUUUACAAUCAAAAAUUGGAUUCAGCAUAUCGUGAGUUAGGUACAAAGCCGUGAUACACAUCUUGCAGGACUCUCAGAUUCUGUUAACAAUUUUCAAUUUUAAAAGUAAAACGAAGUUAGACACGUUCUCUUGAAAUGAAUUUAAAUGGUCAGGAGGGGAGUGUGUUCAUAGCCAUGUAACUGUAGCAUCUAUGGCAUACAUACAGUGUGUGUAUCAUAGGAUUCCUUUUACCCCAUCGUAUGCCAAAGAAGGUGCGUAUGAUGUAUGGGAGCACAGAUUAGGGGUGUAUCUAUAUAUCUAGUAAUAGAUCUGUAGUUGUGAUACUUGUGACUGGGUAGUAAUAGUUCUGUGCCAGGACAAUUGUAGGGAAAAAAAAACAACAACAAAGAAUUUCACAUCAUGAAGGAGAUUAAAUAAAGUAUUUGUCAUUAAAGAAUUUGAAUUAAUAGAAUUCAGAUUCUCACUAGUGUACCAAUAGAUUUUGGAACCUUUGUGUAAUGCAAACUAGUUUAAUGUAGCCUGAAUAUAGUCUGUGGUUAAAGAUGAACAUUUUCACUAAUGGCAAAGCUAGCUUCAAUACAACAGAAAAACACACGCUAAAAGUCUUUCUGUUGGAGCCUUGCAAGGAGGAAAGUACAAUAACGUGGGUUUUCCUGACUUGCUCAAAACGCGCUGGCUACACCUCUGCAGUAAUACAAACCCUGAUACGGUCAAAAUUGUGACGUUUAUUGAUCGAUUUCCUUCCAUUUUUUUAACUCUUAUGACUACGAGACUCAAAGUGAUUUGAUUUCUAUUUUAUUCUUCCUGUUGUGUAAUGUUUUGUACAUUUCCUUCCUCUUCCAGUGUUGGAGGAACUGGUAGCUUUAAACUAACCAGUAGAAGCACUGAGCUAUCCUCUCACACUGGGAGCAUUGUUUGAGAAUAUUAAUUGAGUUAAAAUAUUACAAACUUUAUGGCCGGUUCGUUAUUUCAUUGGGGUUGUGCUAUUAUAUUAUAGUACUGUUUAGAAUUUUCUGUUUUUGCAUACAAUAACAUUUGGGGAAUUCAUCCAAUUUGUUUAUUUUGCCCUAGACUCCAUUGUCUAGAAGAACAGGCUUCCCCAAACUCCGCCCCCUCCAGAUGUUGCUGAACUACAACUCCCAUGAUUCUCACCCUAUCUAUUUCAUUCAUAGAAUCAUGGGAGUUGUAGUUCAGCAACAUCUGGAGGGCCGGAGUUUGGAGAAGCCUGUUUUAGUACAGUGGUUCCCAACCCAGUCAUCAAGUACAUCCUAACAGUCCAGGAUUUAGGGAUUACCCAGUUGUCUAAGGUGUUUUUAGAAAAAGAGGGGAAAAAAAACACUUUAGACACAACAAGUUAAUCCCUAAAUCAGUGGCGUACACACAAUCCAUGGGGCCCCUGUGCGAAACUGAUCCGUGGGCCCCCCUUCCUCCCUCUCCCCCCCUCCCCCCCCCCUCCACCAUCAACAGACAGACACAUACAAAGACACACACAUACAUACAGACACAUACAUACACACGACACACAUACAUAAAGACUCAACACAUACAUACAUACAUACAGACACACACACAAGACACAUAAAUACAUACAGACACACACACAAGACACAUACACAGAGACAAACACACACACACACAAAAUAUUUUAGUCACCCUCCUGUUUCCUACCUUUUAGGUGCAGGAGGGUGACAGUCCCUGGGGUCCAGUGAUGGCUCAGGUGGAUGGGAGUCAGAGUUCCCACUCUGACUCCCUCUGCUUCCUCCAGCGCGGCUCUCAGUGUUAGCUGGGAGGAGUAAUGUGCAGUCACUUCCUCCCAGCUCUCUGUGAUGUCAUCACAGGGGGCCCGGUUGCGCUGUUAAAGUACCCAGCGCUGUCCGGGCCCCCUUACAAUCCACAUCCAUCGGGUGGCCCUGACAGCAUGGGCCACCUGAUGGACCCCUUGGACGGUAGUUUGCCGCGCCGGCCGGGGCCGCAAAUGGUGAUGGCAGGUACCCGGUUGCAGGGGUCCGCAGGGCAGCCUGGAGUGCCGAGCACGGUUGCAGUUGCGACCCCUGCAACCACGGUAUGUAUGCCACUGCCCUAAAUCCUGGACUAGUAGGAGGUACAUGAGGACUGGGUUGGGAACACCUGCUAUAGGAGAAUCAUGUCUUGUUCAUUACAUGUUUUACAUCUGCACUAAAAAUGUGUACAAAAAGUAUCUUAAGAGACCUCUAAUGGAAUAGAAAAGCAAGCUGAACAUUUUUGAUGUGAUUUGAAAAUGCACAUUCCAUUUCCAACCCUUGAAUGUUACAAACCACUGGAAAAAUAAUUUAUUUUUAGAAUUGGUGACAAUUUCUAAAACGGUGAUCUGAGACCUUCUAUUAAAUCAUAGAAGUUUCUAGAAAUAAAUUUGAUUUGCCUGUGUCUGCUAAAUAGGCUGUAAAAAAAGGCUCAUGUACAUCAAGUUCAGCCUGUCGCACAAGCAAUUUAACACACACAUAAGUGUGUGUGGGGGGGAUCAUUCUUGACUUUAAAUGGUCAGUGAUAACAGCCAGCUAUCACCUCGCAUAUUAACAAUUUUUUACUACAAUAUUUUGUUUUUCCAAAAAUGACAUCCAAAGUUUAAAAAUGUCUAUGAAAUCUAAAAUCUAAAAUAAUCUCUUUGGACAAAGAAUUCCCCGUAUUUCUUGUUCUUCCUUUAAAGAAACCUUUCCUCUGCUGUAGGUGAAAUCUUUUGUCUUAUUAAUUCUGUUUCCUACUUUUGCAAUUCUCUUACCAUUGUUACAUCAAGAAGAAAAAUUAAGGGUUCUUUUCAUGAAUUAAUCUAUUUCAUACAUACCUUACUGGCCUUAGCAACUGCUGCCUGACAUUAUGUGUUGUUGCUUAGUCUGUGCUAAACGAAUCAAAUGACUGUGAAAUGCUGGACGAACAAAUGGAAUCGUUCAACCAAUGAUUAAUAGGCAUUUUAUCCAAUUAGCGCAACCUAAUGGGAUAUGAGCACGAGUCUAAUUUGCAGUCUGUAUCGUCCCAAGAAGGGUACCAAUUGUCACAUGAGAUUUAAUAGGACCAUCUCUGGACCUGUACUAGACUUAAUGAGAGGGAAUGUAUGCUGGUAACACCUGCGGUGAAGGGCCCAGAGUGACGUGAUACAUGAUAAUCUAUUGUGAUUAUUAAACAAAGUGAGGAUUCACAGUGAAUUUCAAGUUUCAGCCCAAUGGACCCAAUCUGGAGACUUAGAGAAUGUAUCCAGUUCAGAUGUUUUGUCAUGAAAUUUUAAAUACACUUUGAAUUCUCAGUUUCGUGAAUUAUCCUGUUAGUGUUAGAAGGAAAGGAAGAAAGGAAAGACAAAAAUAAGAGAAGUGAAAUAUGUCAUUAUAUUCCUCUAAUAUGGGCUUCAUUGUUCUGUACCUUUUAUAUGCCGUGCUGCGGUAAUGUAGGGGUUAAUGUGCAGUGUAUGAUCGUAAUGUAGGGGUUAAUAUGUAGUGUGUUACGGUAAUAUAGGGGUUAAUGUGUAGUGUAUGAUGGUAAUAUAGGGGUCAAUGUGUAGUGUGUUACGGUAAUAUAGGGGUUAAUGUGUAGUGUAUGUUACUAAUGAAGGGGUUAAUAUGUAGUGUAUGUUACUAAUGAAGGGGUUAAUGUGUAGUAUGUUAAGGUAGUACAGGGGUUAUUGUGUAGUGUGUUUGGGCAAUGUAUUAAUGUAUAGUGUGUUUGGGCAAUGUAGGGGUUAAUGUGCUGUGUGUUUGGGCAAUGUAGGGGUUAAUGUGCUGUGUGUUUUUGGUAAUGUAGGGGUUAAUCUGCUGUGUGUUUUUGGUAAUGUAGGGGUUAUUGUGUAGUGUGUUAAGGUAAUAUAGAGAUUAGGGGGAGUAUUUUGUUGUAAGACAGCAUUGGGACAUACCCAGAACACCUCUUCGAGGUUCAAAAUAUAUUUUCAAGAAGGUAAAUUUUGGGAUGCAGCACCCCAAAUUUCUGGAGCACCGGUACACUCAUGUUACCUAUAGCUGUAGGAAAUGUAAACGUGAUCCAAGUUCAUGGUCAUAAAAUGACCUUCACACCAAAACCAGGGCCCCAUUUACAUUAGGGAUAUAGUCACUAAACCGUAACUGACCUGACAUCAAAAUCUUAAAAAAUAACUGCGUUAGACUAUUGUUACAGACGUGCUAUUUCCACAUGUUGCCGUUUUGGUUUCAGAUCACCAUUUAGUGAAUACGUCCUUCCAGGAUUGUGAAACAUCAUUAUCUUUUUUUUUAGAGACUAGUGGGUAAUCGGUGGUAUGUCAGAGCUGACUCAGCUGACAUGUAUGUGUGUUGAAGGCGUGUACUCAUGCACUGCAUACAUUCUGUGACAGUUAGACAGAGGUGUGAGCCUGUACAUGUGUGCGGAAUGUUAUUUAAUUUGGUUUGUUUUACAAUUCGUUACAGGAGCCCAGAGAUGCCAUGCAUUUUUCUUUUCUUUUCGGACUUUUUUUGUUGAGAAUAUAACUUGUUUUCUCUAAUUAACAACUUGUUCUCAUCUCAAGAAAACAAGUUGGGCAUAGCAAGUUGUUCCCUCCAUAUAACACAUUGCCUAUUCAAUAAAAACUUGUUUUCUCAAGUCAGAAACAUAAGAAAAGGUAGGCACACUAAAUAUACAAAAUAUACCACAGUCCCAUAUAUAUAUAUAUAUAUAUAUAUACAUGAAACACAGCUGAACAAGCCAAUAAUGUACUCCUAAUGCCGGAUCAUAUGGAUACCGAGAGGAAAUUACCCAACAAGUAAUACAUGCCAUCAGACAAAUACCAGGAAUAGUGAGAAAAAUCAAGAGUCGGCAAUGUUUUGGCAGAAAUGCCUUUAUCAAGUGAGCUCUUCUCACUAUUCCUGGUAUUUGUCUGUUGACAGUAUAUAUUAUUUCCUCUUGGUAUCCAUAUGAUCCUGCAUUAGGAGUACGUCAUUGGCUUGUUCUGCUGUGUUUCGUGUAUCUAUGUGACUAUGGUAUUUUUUGUAUACUUUAUAUGCUAUUGUUUUCAUAUUAUUGUUGAGGUUUCUUAUUAUUAUUACUAGUAUUUAUAAAAUGUCAGCAUAUUCCAGAAUCACAUAUGACGCCAAGACAGCACGCUUGCAAGAAUGGACUUAUGUGGGUACCACUAGCUUGAAGGGAAAGCGAAAGAGGCGGAUCAGUGUUAAGGGGGGUUUAGAGAGAUUGAGUUUCAGAAAGCGGGAGGACUCCAGUCAGAGAUGGAAGUAAGGCAAGCAGUGACAUGUUGCAGGACGGCAGGGGAGAGGUCCGGGAGGAGAGAUGUAUCUGGGUGUCAUCAGCGUACAGGUGGUAGUGGAAUCCAAAUGAGGCAAUAAGUUUGCCAAGAGAGGCAGUAUAAAGCGAAAAUAGAAUGGGACCAAGGACAGAGCCUCGGGGGACUCCAACCGAGACAGGACAAAGGGAGGAGGUAUCAUUAGAAAAGGAGACACUGAAUGAGCGUUGGCAUCUAUUUUGGGACACCUGUGAUAUUAGACCCAAUUGAUAAAACAUUUUUUUUCCUCUAUGGCUGUGCCCCUCAUUCUGUUUUAUCAGUAGAUUCUCAAGUCAGAAAAACAUUAAAAUGUAUGGCCUCUGUGGACUUUCAGAAUUAGCGCAUAAUUUAUCUUUCAAAGUAAAUUAUUACAAAGGGCAGCCCUAGGUUAUGAUAAAAAUGGAAUACGGAUCUUAAAGGAUCUGUUACAGAUGGAUAAAUGAUGAGUAUUUUGGCUAUUACUUCCCUUCUUCAUUAUUUAAUCAUUUACUCAGACAAAACGUAUUUUCACAGAAAGGAACACUCAGUCACAGCCAAUGGCAAGACACCUAGCUGGUAAUCUAAAGUUUGAAUCGUUGUGAAUUGAGAGUAAACCCAAACUUCAACAUUCAGGACAAAAUAGCUGAAAUGUAGAUAUAGUUGACUGAGAAAUUUAAACUUUACAUGUGUGACAAUUCGCACUUUAGUGCAUAACCCGGCUGAGAGACUAAAACAAGGUCAGGUCGGGCACCCCUGGCUGCAUUGAGUGGGCAUAUUACAGUUAGUAUGGUAAUAGGCUGUGAGUGGGGUACAGUGACCUACGGUCAGGUGGCAACUACAUAAAAAACGCUAAGAAAAAAAUACGCUUCUACGUGUUUCAACAUUACAGGUCUACAAACCUCCCAACAUUUCAAACAGACAGAGGGAAACACUGCACAUUAACCCCUAUAUUACCUUAACACGCUACACAAUAACCACUACAUUACUAACAAACACUGCAUUUCUAGGGGUGUGAGUGUGGCCAGGGGUGGGGCUGUUCUGAGAAAUUUUAGUGACUUACUAAUAACAAUUUAUAGAACUAAAAUGUAAUUUGGAACAAGAACAAUGUAUCUUAUUUACAGACUGAUUUCUAAACACAUUUAUUGUAGAUUAAAUACACAUUACUGGGAGUAUUAUUGCUGUGGAGCUCUGUUAUACACUCAGACACAUUACUGGGAGUAUUAUUACUGCAGAUCUCUGUUAUACACUCAGGCACAUUACUGGGAGUAUUAUUGCUGUGGAGCUCUGUUAUACAUUCAGACACAUUACUGAGAGCAUUAUUGCUGUGGAGCUCUGUUAUACACUCAGAGACAUUACUGGGAGUAUUAUUGCUGUGAAGCUCUGUUAUACACUCAGACACAUUACUGGGAGUAUUAUUGAUGUGGAGCUCUGUUAUACACUCAGACACAUUAUUGGGAGUAUUAUUGCUGUGGAGCUCUGUUAUACACUCAGACACAUUACUGGGAGUAUUAUUACUGCGGAGCUCUGUUAUACACUCAGACACAUUACUGGGAGUAUUAUUGCUGUGGAGCUCUGUUAUACACUCAGACAGCCAACAAUUUUAGUUUCUAGAAAAGUGGGAUAUUAGGAUAGAAAAGAGGAACAGAUUAAUUUGGGCCCAAGAUAGGGACUGUCCCUCCUCGAUAGGAACACAUGCGAGGUAUGGGUUUGGGAAACUGUAGCAAUGGAGAUGAGAUUUUACAAUUCCCAGGUGAUGUAUUUAUAAAUAUUCCCUCUCUUGUUUUGUAGCCCGUCCCUUCCAUAGUAAAUGGCUCCACGUGUUUCUUCGACCCUAAGCAUCCUGCUGCUGGGGAGUGUGGUCUUUCCAGGAGGUCUGACGUUCUUCCCAAACUUCUGGACCAAGUUUUUGGGCCUGACAUGGAAAUCGUAUACACACCAGGACCUGACUGAGGACGCCAUACUCAAUGUCACCCUACAAAUCCUAUUGGACUAUAAACACCCCACUCGACCUCCGAUAAACGUGCGAGAAUUCCAGGUGAGUGGGACUAUAAUGGGAUAAAUGGAGAGAUAACGAGAGAGAGAGACCUCUCAGUAUUCCUCAUUUUUGAGAGCCGGGAAAUGAAUAAAAAUUUAUAUUUAAAUACCUUGAAAUGGAAGAUUAAUGUAAUGGAAUCACAGCAUUGUAACUGUUUUUAUAAAAUAUAUAAUAAUAUAUAGAAAUAUAUUCAGAAAAGCAUCACUUAAAGGGCCAUAACACCUUUUUACUUUUUAUCAAAAAGGCUGAAUUUUAUUCUUAAUUUAGAAACUCCUCAGUUAUUUGAUAUUAAAUAACCCCCCCUGUGCUGGAAACUGCUCUUUGAAUGUUUAGAAUUAAAAAUAUAAACUGUGAAGUGCCACUUUUAUAAUAGGAGUGCAAAAUCUAUCAAAAUGCAAAGUCAGCAAUCUCACCUGUGAGAACCUCAUAAAGCAAGUUAUCGAACUGAUUUAUUUAAUAUAUUACUGUGAGUUUUAUUUCUGUGGAGCUCUGUGAUAGACUCACACACUGCCCAUUACUGUGAGUUUUAUUUCUGUGGAGCUCUGUGAUAGACUCACGCACCGCCCAUUACUGUGAGUUUUAUUUCUGUGGAGCUCUGUGAUAGACUCACGCACCGCCCAUUACUGUGAGUUUUAUUUCUGUGGAGCUCUGUGAUAGACUCACGCACCGCCCAUUACUGUGAGUUUUAUUUCUGUGGAGCUCUGUGAUAGACUCACGCACUGCCCAUUACUGUGAGUUUUAUUUCUGUGGAGCUCUGUGAUAGACUCACUCACUGCCCAUUAUUGUGAGUUUUAUUUCUGUGGAGCUCUGUGAUAGACUCACGCACCGCCCAUUACUGUGAGUUUUAUUUCUGUGGAGCUCUGUGAUAGACUCACGCACCGCCCAUUACUGUGAGUUUUAUUUCUGUGGAGCUCUGUGAUAGACUCAUGCACUGCACAUUACUGUGAGUUUUAUUUCUGUGGAGCUCUGUGACAGACUCACGUACUGCCCAUUACUGUGAGUUUUAUUUCUGGGGAGCUCUGUGGUAGACUCAUACACACUGCACAUUACUGUGAGUUUUAUUGCUAGGGAGCUCUGUAGUGCAUUAGUAGUAGAGGCAGGGAGUAGAACCUGGCAUUCCUCGAGUGAGAAGUCAAGCUGUUCCAGAACUUGCAGUGGUAGGGCUUCAGGGAGCUCUAACCCCCAAAUGUCUGGAAGUCAGUGAGACAGUCCUGGUUUCGGGUGUUGCCAGGUUUACUCUCUGUUAUUCCACUCCUGGGCACACCAGAACAAGUUCCUCAGAACGCGUAGAGUGACCCAGAGUGACGUAGAGCGACCCAGGCAUUAUCUUCCACAAAGAGCACUUCAACAGGACUCCGAGCCUUGGCUACCCGGGGCUAGUCAGUCAGUCUGCUGUGUGCGCAUUCUUGGUUACGGUGCUCCACAUGUCACCACACUCGUUUCCCCCCCAUGUCACCAGUUACACAAAUUAGUCACUGUCGUGCACUCGACUCCCUUCCUGUUCCACCUUUAUGCCUCCCAAUGUUGCAAAUCGUGAAACCCCACUGCAAUCCUCACCCCAGUAAACGCUUCCACAGAACGGUAAUAGAAAGAGGAACCGUCAACUAUAAUUAGAACAAUGCUUAGCCCGUAAAUAUAUCGGAUUCACAAAUUGUUUGUUCUUUAGUCUUGCAAAACCCCACUUCCCUUUCAAAGGCUAUUUAUUUAUCCGUGUCUGCAGUAUCUAAAGCCAGACAGCUCUGGAAAUAUUCUUCGAUGGGUCCUGUUCCAGCUAUAAUUUGGAGAUAAAGAAGAGACUUUUCCAUCUAUAUUAAAGAUUUAGCAAAUUACAUUAUAAUCCAGUUCAGUCAAGGCAAAACAGGCGCAAGCAUUGCAAAUGAAGAGGAAAUAUUGGAGACAUUGUUCCAUUUCUCCUUUUCUCUAAGCUUUCUCAGGUGCGAAGGACAGAAUUUAUAACAAUGAUUGACAGGGAUCUAAAAUGGAGGUGCCCAGUUGCAUGAGAAAUAGGUGCGGUUUUCUACAUAUACAUUUUUUUUCACACCUCACAAUAUAGAGAGCAAAAAACAGGUCGCAUGAGUAUUGAAAUAGCCUGCCUUCCGGUGGGUCCCCGCUCAGAACUCAAGCUGGUUUUAGCUCAUCUUGUGCCAUUACAGAGAGAACAUAUCUGAAGCAUAUCAGACUGGUCCCACCCAUACGGGCAGUCCAGAUCCGAAAUGCCAGCAAGUUCCCUCUGCACGAUAAACAAUAAAAUUUUAAAUAUAGGUAAUAUAUAUAUAUAAAAGUAAACAAAAUUUGAAAACUCCUGUGAAAUAGUUUUAUUUCCCCUUUAAAGUGAAACCAUAGUUCUUUCCCUGGGACUAUAGCUCCGAUGGUGCCCACGUCUACCUUACCUGGGUCCUGCUCUGAUAUCCUUCAGUGUUGGGUCGGAUCUGUCUCCGUUCCUUCCCGCCAACAUCAUCCUGCGACGCAGACAGAAUACGCGUGUGCAGCAAUGGCCACGCUCACAUUAGGCUUUCCCCAAAGGAAAACAUUAUACAAUGCUUUCGUAUGGGGAUUCCGGUGAGUCUGGAUGUAUUUAUGCAAAGCGUGAGGUUGUCCAACGUAAGUUAGGCGACCAAAAGUCCCUCUAGUGGCUGUCUGGUAGACAGGUGGAGUUACCCCACAAAGCUAAUUAUUACAGUUUAUACAAAACUGCAAUAAUUAGCUUUGCGGUGCUAAGGGUGCUGGGACAGUGCACCCAAUCCACUUCAAUGAGCUGAAGUGGUCUGGGUGCCUAUUGUGUCCCUUUAAGGCUUCUGGCUGACAACAGGUGGAAGGAUAAGACCAGAGAUAGUUAUUUUGUGUUUUCCAUAGUAUUUUGAAAUGUUUAGAACCUCCCUGCUAAUCUUUUCUUUUCUAACUUUUUUGAUCUACACAUCAGGGAGAUCUUUGAGGGGCAGUGCAUUGUGUGGUCAAUACUAACAAUGAGUUUCUUUAUUCUGUAAUUCUGUAAUUGGUGAGUUACGCUGAGUUUUCUUGUGGACAAAUCCAUUUCAGCUGCAUCAAACAAUUCAAAUCCCUGUUAAUCUACGUCCCCCGAACACAUUGAUUCACCCAGUGUUCACCUUUGGGUAAAUCUCAGACGGAUCGAUUCAUUCGGACGUCGAUGAACCAGAAUUUGAUCUGUUUGUCACAGCUAAAACAAGACAUCCACAAGUCUAAUGCUGAAUUACAAAAAGGACUAAAUUAGGUAGAAUGAAAUCCCUCCAGAUUCAUAUCGGUGGAAGUUAGAGGGAGAAUAAUGUAGGGACUAUUUAUUUAUUACGUAAAUGGUUGCAGUUGUGCAGCACGGACUCCCAGUACAGGUGGCAGGAAUUAAGAAAGCGAAGCAUUCACAAACAGCGAUGAAUAGACACACAGCUAGGCAGAGGAAACUAAACACUGGCAGGGUUAUUUAAUAAAGUGAGAAUUCAAAGUGAAAUCAUAGUAAAUUUAAAAUUCAAGACCAAAGUAGCUAAACUGGAAAAAAUGUCAACUAUGCUCAGGGGUUGAUUACUUUGGCCUUAGAUUUUAAAUUCACUUUGAAUUCUCAGUUAAUUAAACAACUCUGCACAGUGUUUUCCCAUGGAAAUAGGCGGAUUAGAGAGGCCAGUUUGAUUGCAAGAGGUUGAGCAGAUUUGAGUUUGUUUUACACGGUUCAUCUAAAUCAAAUGCCUUUUAAUCCACACCUUGACGAUCGCUUGGUCCAGGUGUGCGCUAAAAGGCACUCGAUUCGGACAAACUGUCUGAAACAAACUUGUGACUAAGUUUAAUGUUCAGUUGUACAGAGAGUGGAAUAUAAACAACUAAAUAAUGUACAGAAAAUAAAAUAAACAAACAUCAAACACAAAUCUGCUAUUCGUUAUAAUGCUCAUUAAAAGGAUUUCCAUCUGGUUAAAGAUUAAAAAUAAAAGUAAAUUUUUAAAAUCUAGUUUGUACUUUUGUCAUUCUGCAAUUGCAGUUAAUGCAGCAUGUAAAAAGAGAAUGACUUAACUUUGACCUCAGCCUGUAUUCCCAAGUUGAGUUGCACUAUGAGCUCUGAUUUAUGACGCCUCUCUAUAUAUGGAGGUAUUUCUCCUUGCAUGCCAUAUACCAUUAGUGUUAAGAUGACAGCUUAAUGAACCACUCCUUUUUAUUAUAUUUUCUGUAUAUUUUCUGCAAGGCUAAUUAGGGAUUAUCAACAACAAAGCACAUUCUAACGCCAGUGUCAUCUGACGUAUUCCUACAUAAGUGUUUCUAUAUGUCUGAGUUAAUACCUCCACAAAACUGCAAGUAACGAUUGUAAGACAAGCGGUACUUAUUUAUACAUCACCACUAAACUCUCAGCUAAACGCCAUGUUUGUCAUAAUGUUUUGUGUAUUCAAAGCAGUGACAUCUAUCUGACACAUAAUUCUAGCAUGACACGAGGCUGUGUAUUUACAGCUAUAGGUGUGUUUAUGUAAUCAUCCUUUACACAGUGAGAUUUUAGGUAGAAACACCAUUUCACUGCUAAACAAACCGUGUGCUCACAGUUCCACUGAAUUAUUUUUUUUUUUUUUUAAAUUGACAAUUUUUAUUGUUUCGUGCGGUGGGGGUACAGAAAGGAAGAAGGAGGGAGGGUAGGGGGGGAAGGGUGGACAGAUUUCAUCAAUACAUAUUAACAUAUUAACAACUCUCAUUCAGUUGACCAUGAGUAUUCAGGCUACUUAUACCGUUCGUAGACGGUUUGUGACCAGAAGCCUUGUCUUGCACCUUUUGUGUGUCAGAGCGGGAUGGGUGUGCUCCCCACUCGAUCCCUUAUGGGAACUAACAGGAGGGGUCUCAUCCUCGCUCUCUAUUCUCGCACCUCUUGCGCUGUUUCCCACUGAUGUGCGAGGCGCUUCUGCUUUUAUGUGGUUUGUACAUACAGUAUCAUUGGUAGGUUACAUUUACGUUUCUCUAUCACCCGAUCUCCAUGAGUUCCACAUCUCCCAUGCUGCUUGUGUGGUGUUGGAUGGGGGGAACAAUGUUUUGAAGCUCGUUUCGAACGUUCUUUGUGUGUCCAGGUCCUCAAUGACCCGUUUCAUACCAGGGGUAUUUGUUUGUUUCCAGUGUUGAGCAAUUAAGCGCUGUGCUGUCAACAUUAUAUGUAACAGGAGUUUUUGCUUGGCUCUUGGUAAGCUUUUUGGGAGGUCGGUUAUUAACAUCUGGCGGGGCGCAAAAGGAAUGGAGCAGCCAGCCGCCGCUUGUGCAAUUUUAUGGAUCCCCGCCCAGAAAGUCUGGAUGCGGGGGCACGUCCACCAGACGUGCAGGACCGUGCCCUCAGCCUCAUUGCAGCGCCAGCAUGUGUUAGAAGUGGCAGGAAAUAGUUUGUGCAGCCUGCACGGUACCAUGUACCAUCUAUAUAAUGUUUUAUGGCUUUGCUCCAGAUGGGCGGCUGAUUUGAUCAGGAGCCUGGGCAAACGGAAUAUGCGCUCCCAGUCUUUUCUCAGGAGGGAGCAGUUUAGGUCCGCUUCCCACAUUUGCGCUGUUUUUGAGGCAGCGAAGGGUAGAUGGCGUGACAGGAGCUUGUAACUCAUGGAGAUCGGUUUACAUGCAAUGGGUAGUAGUCCCUUAAUAAGCAUUAGUUCCCACCCCGUUGGGGUUUCUGGGGUCAAAUUGGACCCAGCAUCUCUACAGUAGUGUUUGGUCAGAAACGACCGUAGUUGGAUAUAGGAGUAGUGUGAAGUGGGAGGCAGUGAGUAUCGGAUUUGCAUCUCUUCAAAGCUAAGCAUUUUGCCCUGAUUGUACAGAUGCGUCAGGUGGGUGACACCCCGGGUCUGCCAUGGUAUGGCGUGGAAAGUGGGGAUGCAAUAUGUGAAAGACUUUAUCGGUGUUGCCAGGGAGAACCCCUUGUGGCCGCUAAACAGUGUCGCAUUUUUGUCCCAGAGCCGUAAAAGUAAAGUAGUCGAGUGUGGUGCUAGGGGCCAUUGCGGUCUGUACUUUUUUGGUAUCCAUAUCACAUCGGCCAGUGUGUGUGGGGCCACCAACUCUCGUUCUAGGAGUACCCACUGCGGUGGUGGUGUCUGGAGGAAAUGUGGGAGGGCAGUGGCGAUAACAGUUGCGUGGUAAUACGUGUGUACAUUAGGCAGUGCUAGGCCACCGUCUCGUUUGGGUGCGUUUAGUAAAUUCUGUGCCUUUCUGGGUUUGCUCCCCUUCCAUACAAAUUGAUUUAUGUCUGAUUGGACCGUUUUGAGGAAGGAUCUGGGGAGUUCUAUUGGUAGGGUACGGAACAGGUAGAGCAACCUAGGGAGGAUUGACAUUUUGAUCGUUAUAAUUCUUUCGGUCCAAGACAGAUAUAGUGGCGACCAUUUUUUGAGCAAGUUACGGCAGUUGUUCCAUGUGGACACAUAGUUUGCCGCGAAUAGUGCAGUGUGGGCCUUCGUGUAUGUAAUCCCUAGAUAUGUGAUAGUAUCAGACCUCCAUUCGAACGUAUAUUCCCGUUGGAGUUGUGUGGUAAGUUUGGUCGGUAGGGAUAUGCCUAGUGCUUGGGUCUUGGAUGUAUUGAGGGAGUAAUAGGACACCCUCCCAUAUUCCUUUAUCAGUUGCAUAACUGCUGGGAGUGUGGUGUGGAGAUGUGUCAGGUAGAGUAGAAUGUCAUCUGCAAAAGCUCCUACCUUAACCACUUUGUGGCCUAUCCUAACCCCCUGGAUUUCCUCAUUUGCUCUGAUCUCUUCCAACAAAGGUUCUAGGGCCAGGACGUAUAGCAAUGGGGAGAGUGGGCACCCUUGCCUCGUCCCAUUUGUGAUCUGAAAGGGAGAGGAGAGGAAUCCCGACUGGAGCACUUGCGCCGAAGGAUUCGCAUAGAGUGCGAAUAUUUGUCGGCACACCUGGAGCGGGACUCCAUAUGCCUCCAAUACUCCUUGGAGGAAGGGCCAGCCCAGGCGGUCGAACGCCUUUUCGGCAUCCAGCGCUAGCAGGAGACCGCCCUCUCUGGCCCCCCUGAGCUGCUGGAGGACCACCGACAGUUUCCGAGUGUUGUCCAGGCCUUGUCUACCUUUUACGAAGCCUGUUUGGUCGUCUUUGAUAAGGGAGGGUAGUAUGGGGGCAAACCGGUUUGCCAGGAUUUUUGCAUACAGUUUAGCAUCUGUGUUGAGCAGGGAGAUGGGGUGGAAGUUUUUGCAUUGGUCAGUCGGUUUUCCGGGUUUCGGCAGAGUCACUAUAGUGGCCCGCAGCAUUUCUGCCGGCAGUGCUCCCCUCUCCAUUGCCUGAUGGAAGGUUUCCAGCAGGUGUGGUGCCAAUGUUUGGGCAUACUUUUUGUAAUAGAGGUUUGAGAGCCCAUCUGCUCCGGGGGACUUGCCAUUCGGUAACUCUUUGAUAGUGUCUAAUAUCUCUUUCACUGUGAGGGGGCAUGUCAGGGUUUCGACUUGGCUACUCGAUAGUUGGGGCAGUUUGAUGCGGGCAAGAAAUGUUUUUACCUCAUCUACAGUGGGGGUAUGUGUAUCGGGGUCGUCCCUCAAGUUAUACAAUUUGGAAUAGAAUGUGGCGAACGCGUCACCAAUCUCUUGGGGUCCUAGCCUUUUUGUCCCAUCUUCCCCCAUUACGUGCGCUAUCCUAUUAGUUGCCAGUUUGUCUCGCAGUCUUGCUGCCAGGUACUUGUUGGCUUUCCCCCCCGAGUGAUAGGUAGUCGCUUUCAGUCUGUUUAAUAAGUACUCAGUUUUCGUUGCGUUUAGUGCAUGUAGUUUACGGUAGGUCUGCUGGAGUUCCGCAGCCAGAACCUUAUUUGGGUUGGUUUUAUUUCUAGCUGUCAGUGUUGCUAUUUGUUCGUGACAUCGGAGUAGAUCUUCCUGUCUCUGUCUUUUUAGGUGUGCGGCUCUCUUAAUGAAUAGGCCUCGGAUAACCGCUUUAUGUGCUAGCCAAACCGAGGUUUCUGAUACCUCUCCCCCACUAUUCAGACGGAAGAAGUGUUCUAGUUCGUCAUUUAUAAGUGUAGCAAAGGAGUCGUCAGAUAGUAGCGACUCAUUGAGCCUCCAGUUCCCUCGUCCCUUGAAUUGGAACGCGUCGUGUAGCGUGAGAUAAAUUGGGCUGUGGUCUGACCAAGCAAAUGAGCCUAUUUUACAAUCCGCCAUUUGGGCCAGAGACCUGCUAUCAACUAGGAAUGUGUCGAUGCGGGAAUAGGUGUUAUGCACCGCGGAGUGGAACGUGUAGUCCCUCUCCGUGGGGUGUGUGACCCUCCAGCCAUCGUACAGGCCGUGUUUUGAGAUCAGGGUGGUGAGCCUUUUGCAUGUGUUGGAUAGGCGUCUACCCCUAUUACGGGAUGGUGUAGCUGAUGUGUCCAGUUGUGGUGACUGGAUGAAGUUAAAAUCCCCGCACAGAAUCAGGCCUCCCUGUCGGUGGUCCUCCACAGUCUGGAGAAGUUUGUUUAAGAAAUUUGUCGAGUCGGAGUUGGGAAAAUAGGCCGUAACUAGUGUGUAUUGUGUGGCAUUAAAAAGGCCCACUAAUAUAAUAAACCUCCCUUGCGGGUCAAUGUAUUGGCUUUGGACCUCCAGAGCUAUGUCUCUGCUGAUGAGGAUUGACACCCCUUUUGUUUUGUUGGCCGACCGGGCGUGGAAUUGAGUAGGAUAGUGUUUAGCGUAUAACUUUGGUUCCGUGGAGGACUUAAAGUGAGUUUCCUGGAUGCACGCUAUAUCUAUAUGUUGUUGUCUGAGCGUCUGAAAUAGUAGGUUUCUUUUAGUCGGGGAGUUAAGCCCCUUCACGUUAUAGGAGACUAUUUUCAUAAUAGAGUGUUAGAUUUUGAGCGUGUGGUGACUCCUGGCUCCCAUAGUGAGAGCACCUAUGUAGACGUGUGAUGGACAGCAUGCAGUACAUAUUAUCACAGUACAUAUCAAUAAGAGUUGUGGUGAGGAACACAGUGUUGUAGUUGAUCGAAAUCCAACUUGGUGGGGGGAGGGGGGUGGGGGUAGAAAAAACAAGGGGGAACAUUUAAGAACAAGUUACAAAGAGCUCAAGUCUCUUGAGCUGUAAUGUGCUCAGUAAAACUGGGCACAAGUAGUGGGUGACGUGGCUAUAGGUCAGUUUGAUGUGGUAUUGACCUAGAUUGGGGGAGGUGAUAAGGAGUCGCUCAGAGGGGACCAUGGAGUGGUAGUGGCAUGGGAGUAUUGGGUUGUGAGAGACUCUGCUGCAGGAUGCUCAACCACUUUGUGUCAAUGCCCUACUCUGUCUGUGCUCUGUUAACCGGAGCAGGUGUGGAGUUUUGGGGUAUGAAUGCUAUUGGGCAGCGCCUAUUCUAGCCGUCAACUAAAUGCUGCUGCGGUGUUAUGCAUAGUAAGUGGUGCACACAACAUUAAGCAUUAUACAAGCCUAUUUCAGGGUAGCAAAUGAGCGAUGACACAACAUUAAAAUUGAAAUGGUUAGUAAAACAGUGGUCAGCAAUCAUGCAGCGUAUACUCAGCCUUCACGUUAGGCUCUGGACCAGUCCACCGACAGUCUUGGUAUCUUUUUCGCGGGUUGCACCGGUACAUCCGGUUUGGGGAGCCCCCAGUCUUCCAGCUUCUUCAAUCCUUCCUCCAUUGACGUGAUAGGGUGGUUGGAGUUGUCGUGAUGAACGAUAAGUUUCGCUGGGAAGCCCCACCGAUACGGAACCUCCUGCGCUCUCAGUGCGGUGGUGAUAGGAGCGAGUGACUUGCGGAAUUGGAGUGUGUGCGCUGACAAGUCCGCGAAAAUCUUCAGGUUUUCAUAUUGGGAGGGUAGGUUAUCUUUUCUAGCUGCUUUAACAAUCUUCUCCUUGAUGUGGAAGAAAUGCACUCUGGUGAUUACAUCUCUGGCCGUUGAAGUAGGCAGAUGCUGGGGUCUCCUGAGUCUGUGCGUUCUAUCCAGAACUACUUGAUCUGGGUGGACCUCUGGAAUCAGCUCUAGAAAAAAGGCCUGGAGGUAACUGUGUAGGGCUUCAUUUGUGAUUGAUUCAGGAAUACCUCUGAUGCGCAGAUUAUUCCUCCUAGAUCUAUCCUCCAGGUCAGCAAGUUUCAGGUUUUGUUCUUGGAUUAGUUGGUGCAUCUGGCAUAGCUGGUCAGCCAUGUUGUUGUGCGCGGAGGCAUGUUUGCUGACUGCAUUCUCUAUAUGUGAUGUGCGUAGGCCCAGGUCCUGUAUAUCUCUCUUAAGCUCACCUGCUAGUGAUUUGAGCUGCCCCUCGAUGGUGCUUUGGAUCUGCAUUGUGAAGUCUGCCAUAAAGGACUUCAUUGUGGCCAGUGUGAGGGGACUGUCCUCCAGUAGUGAGGUGGGUGAGGAGGGAGGAGAUGGAGAAACUUCCCUGGAUCCGUGGCCGCCGCCAUCUUGGAUUUCCUCGCGGCCUUGUUUCCCAUGCGCGGCUUUUGCCAUGAAGAAUAGUGUUUUGUCGGCUUUCGCCGGUCUUUUGGCGGAUCUGUGGGACAUAGCUCCGUUUUCCUCUCGGUUCGUGCCGAGAUUAAUUGUUGCAGCCCGGUUAUUUUUUCCCCUGUAUCCUGCGGCUCCCCGGAGCUCUAGCAGAGCACGUCCAUGCGGCUCGGAUGCUAGGCCACGCCCCCCCUGAAUUAUUUUUUUUAAUGGUUCAGACAAUCAUUUUAUUCUGGCCUAUAUUUAGGUCUGGCCCUCGGCACAUAAUAAUCUCACUACCCCCUUAAAAAUCCCGAACCCCGAUUAACCAAAUUACAUAAAACCAAUAUCCUGUGGGAAACUCCUUUAUUGACCUGCGCUGAAAUGCACAUCAGCCGUGUGGAUUAAUGUAUUCAGCCAUUGUGUAUAAAACAAAGCAUUACAAGAAAGGUUACUAUGUGUAUGUUUUAUUCAGGGAUGUAUUUACCACAAGGCAAACAAGGCAUUUGCCUAGGGCGGCACUUUCGGGGGGGCGCCAAAAAAUGCCACCCCAAGCUCCCAGACAAAUGCCUUGUUUGCCUCUUGUUCUGGGGCUGUUUACCUUGCUGUAAGUGAGUGUAGCUGUCAGGGUGUGUCUGUGAGUGAGAAUGGGUGUGCCUGUGAGUGUGUGUCAGUGUGUGUAUGUCAUUUUAUGUGUAUCUGAAAGUGUGUGCCUGUCAGUCAGUGAGUGGGUGUGUCAGUGUGUGUCUGUCAGUGAAAGUGUGUGUUGGUAAAACAGUGUGCCAAUGACUGUGUAUAUCAGUGCAUGUAUCAAUGAGGGCAUGUGUCUGUCAGUCAAAAAAAAUGGCCUUGACGCGAAUAGGGGGGGCAUAUUUAGAUUUUGGGGGUGUCCGAAUUUAGUCGUGCCUAGGGCAGCACAAAUCCAAAAUACACCACUGGUUUUAUUUAUAUCACAUUAGGUAUACUUAGCACUUCACAGGUUACAUUACAGUAGAGGGAGGUACAGUAAGUGCUGUACAUAUACAGUGUGUGUAUAUUUGAUUUAUAUAGCUCUAACAUGUAUACUUAGCACUUCACAGGUUACACCUGUAACCUGUAAAGGACCUGUGUGAAUAACUCUAAUACAAGAACAAAAUUUAAAAAGUACAUACAACUCACAUUGUACCGAGCUACUCUGAGCUCAGUAUAGAUGUGGAUUAUGUUAAACAUGCUUUAAUGUUUAUAUACAGUGAUAAUGGGAAGAUGGUUUAGAGACCCUUUGCUAUACUGUGACAUUGAUACUUCCAUCAAAUCCUACCCCUGAAACCAAUACUCCCCUCAUUAUAUUGAUAUCAGGCAAGAUGAUGCCAAGUCUUUAUUUACUGAGCACUGAGUGGCUCAAUUUCAUGUGAGGAAGCAUGGCAUGUUAUUAUGCCUUCUAGUUAAUCCUUUAUGGUCAGUUUACCCCUAAUUUAUCCCAGGACAUUCUUAAACCGACUCUCCAAAUUUUUUAUCAGCUUUUGAGCCAACCUCCUAUUAUUUCUUCUUUUUCUCAGUUUGUUGUUAUGUUUGUUUCUCAUUCAUGAUUAAACUUUCUAAUGUUGGCUGGCCUUUAUGAAAUGCACUUUGUGCUGGAUGUAAACAAAGAAUUCUAAAGUUAAAUAAUAAAGUCUCUCUCUGUCAGGGACGCUCCUCUUACUCGAUCCCUGGAGGUUACAUCCCACGUGACUUUAAAAUGUGUAAUAGGACUCAUAUAACGGUAUCUUUUAAUUGCUUGAACUAUUUUGAGCUGGUUUAAUACCAGAUUGAUAACAAUGCUUCUAAAGAAAUAAACCUAGUUUAAAUCUAAGUCUUUUCAUUGUCAAACAGUAAUCAAAUUGCCAAAUACCCGUUAUCUUCAUUAUAACGUGGAUCGGUUAAAACAAAUUUGUGUACAAGUCUAGUAUUUUGUUGUUUAGUUUAGUAGUCUUAGUAGUCAGUAGAGACAAAUCAGACAUUGAAGUGGAGAAAUGAAUGGUUAUGUAUAAACAGUUUCAUGCUCUGAAAAGUGCUCUAAAGCAAAAAAAGUGGAGGAAUCGUAGCAAGGAGAUAACUUUCGUGGUAUUUUACUAAAAUGAGGAUUGUUGAGAAUACCAAGUGAACUCAAAGUGAAUUUAAAAUUUAAGGCCAAAUAACUGAAUUUCAACAAUUCUCCAAAUGUUCCACUUAUUAGUUAUCAAUUUUGGCUAUUUUUUAUCUAAUACGUGAAAUUCAGUAUGAGUUCCCCUCAAUUCUCACUUUAAUGCAUAACCCUGUUUCCAUGGCUCUAGUCUUAUUUUCAAAUCCACAAUGGAACGUGGAAGCUCUAUAUCAUGAAGGUCAAUGGAGGUUAGCAGAGGUGGCCAUUUUGUUUCUGGCCUGCUGUUGCUGAAAACUAUAUCUAGAUUUGUGAAUGUUGUAAAGUUAUAUUUCACUGAACAGAUGUAAACAGACACGACUUGAGUAAGAAUGACUGUUUAAUUCUCAUGCUGCUUGUUUAGGGCAAGACGCUGAUUGCAGAUGAUAUCUUGAGAGCAUAUUUUGGGGAGGAAGCAUCUGCACGUCAAUUCAGAGCCUCCAUGCAACAGAUAGUCAAUGCCAAUGCCAACAUGGACUUCUUCAGUGGGACCCGAGACGACCCGCUGUGCCAUUUUGACUCUGAGAGAUUGUUAUCAGGAAACAGCCGCCUCCUGAGGUCCCGUGAGAAGCUCCUAGAAGCUGUGAUAGCAAAAGACUAUGAGGGGGCUCGGCAGAAACUAGGUCAAAUAUUGCACUCUCUGCAGGUAAUGCAAGAACUGUUUCUAUAUAUACCAAGAAUUCGAGACUUGUUGAGUGAGAAGUCCACAUCUUUUAUAAUUUCAUUUAAACCCAGUUUAACUAAUGAAUAUAACUUUAAAUCAUACACAAUAUGGGAUAUCUUCAUCGAAAAGGUCCUGGUAGAUGUGUAAACAUAGACAUUAUUAGACUUCUGCAUUCCAAUCACAGGUCGUUCGAACUGACCGUAACAGAAUGUUUUUUUGGCCGAACCAGUUUAUUUCACUGUGCACAAGUCUUAUCAUUGUAUUGGUGGACUGCUGUCGGCAAUCCAUAUCUAGAUUCAAUAACUUUGCAACAAUGUAAAUAAUUAAGAUUAUACACCAUCACAAUGUAAUCCUCUUUAUUCCAUUGUGUAAUCUUUGCAUUCCUCUCAGGAUUUCUACAGUCACACUAACUGGGUAGAGAUGGGAAACACGGACAUUAACACCGAUCUGGCUUCUCCAGGAAAACAAGUCAACUCUCUGGCCAGAGGUAGGAGACCGACCUUCCAUGGAACAGCUCGCCACUAACUUCUUUUCUUUACUAAUAAUUAUUUAUUACUGGUAUCUCUUUAUGUCAUCUUUGACCCUUCUCUGUCUUUUACUAUAUUUAUUUAUUUUGCUUUCUGUAUAAUUAGUUUUCUUCAAUUUAUGCUUCUUAAGUCUUCGCUUUCUCUUUAACCUCUUCUGCUUUCACCCACUUUGUUGCUCUUUCCCCCCUUCCUGUGAUGCAUGAAAUCACAUUACAUGUUUCUCCCGUAGUCAUAUGGGCUUCAUCCGACUAUUAAAGACUGCACAUUUGUGAGAUUAUUUUAUAUUCGUAACGCUUUAGUGUUGCUCUAAAUAAGGGUUAGGGUUAGGGUACUUGAUCCGUACUGCAGCAUUACGCAUUUUCACUUAUUCUUUCCGUGUCUGCCCCUUGAACCAAUCGUUCUGUCCACCCCUUUCUGUUCAAAAUCUCUGCCAACAUAGAGACUGUGGCCAUUUUGCUUCUGUAAUUACCCCACAAAAAACAUUUACGACCAGCCAGCAAAAUGCAGAGUAGGUGGCCUCCCUGCUUACACUGUGUCUCCUAUCAACCCUCAUUAUGCCUCCCCUGUUGUUAUUAUUUUCCUCUCGUCCCCUCUUUCAGCCUCCGACCAGACCUGUACGGAUUGUUCUGACAGCUUGUGCCAGAAUAACAUUGCUGACUUUAUUAAUGAAAACAAACUCCUGACAUCGGGAUACUACGGAGAGACACCCAACAAGCCUCAAGGUAAGUACCAUGCCAGAUUUAUAGGAAGAGAUGGCACCCACAAAUAUUAAAGAUGCUUCCCCAACCCUCAAUGAAAAAAAAAUAUUGUAUCACUGGUUACAUAGUAACAAUGUUUCCAGUUCCAAAAAAGAAAAGUUGAAAUUUAUGUACUUUUGGUGGCAUUUCGCUAAGCUUGCAGUACUAGGACAGAGUUUUGCCAGUUUCCCAUGUCUUUUAUUUGCACUAACUUGUUCUCUGAUUGUAGAGUCACCCAUUGCCUGCUGGACCAUGGCUGGGGUCUCCUUGUUUUGGAUUAGUAACAAGAACACUUGCAGGAGACAUCCUACUUAUGAAACACAAGCAACACUACAAGACAUGGGAUAAAUCCUAUAGAUGCAGAGACAUUAAGACGUACCAGUACUGGGACAUAAUCAGGUUUAGAAAGGAAGAACUGCAAGAAGAUGAAACACAAAGUGAAACAGAAUAACCAGAUGUUCCUUAAAUUCAGGAGAACAGAGUAUAAGCCAAAUGUCAAUGUGGUAAAAAACCCAAACUGGAGGAACAGCAUAAAUGGCCCAGGUCAAAAACAGGAAGAUAUCGUAGGCAACAAGCUAGGCUACAACACAAAAAAUAAAGCACUAAUCUCAACAUCUCUAAGGAAGAAAGUACCACAAAAAAAUAUCAUAGAAAAAAACUGGAACCAAUUUAAAUUGUACACACAGCCAGAAUGCCAGAACAAGGAUGCAAUAGUCACUUGGCCCACUAGCAUACAGAGAUUAUGGGACACAGAGCCACAGCAUUCUUCUGCAGAUUAAAAUAGGCCUUGUGUGGGGUUUUACGUGGGCUAGUGGUCCGUAAUCUCAAUUCACUCUAGGAAUGGGUGAGAUAUUUGCCAGGAAACUGUUUAAUGGGAUGUUAUAUUACAUUUACUUCUAAGCACAUAUUGCUUAAUGGAGCAUUAAGGUUUUUAUAAACAAGUUGAGAUAUGUGUGUGUGUGUGUUUGUGGUGUGUGCGUGUGUGUGGUGUGUGUGUGUUUGUAAAAAUAACUAUAGAACAAUUACUGCCAUCUUUGGAUGAAAAUUGGAAUUGUGUUUGUGAAUUUAAAUAAAUUGACACAUGCUCCUGCCUAGUUACAACAGGCAUAGGCCAAGCAUUCUUCUAGCCUUUUAAAACCAGUCAUUUGUUUUUAAAUUAAACCAGGAAAAUGUAGCCAUGGGGGUCCGUUUGAUGACAGCCGCCAUCGCAGUGCACUUGGAGGGAUCAACAAGGACACAGCCUCGUCCAUCUAUUCCCCCCACCACUUCCUUCAUCAUAAGGCAGCCACGUUGGCUCUCGAGGCUUCCAUUAACUUUCUGAGUGAGCUGAAGAUAGAUAUAACAGACAAAGAGAUGCUGAGGUGAGGUGCAUCUUAGAGAUGACGAUAACUCCAAGAGAAACCUGCCAAGUGCAAACAUGAACAUCUUUUUUUUUUUUUUUUGUUACAAGAAAUAGCUACAACUUUUGAUUUACCUGACCAGACGCAUUGAGAACUUUAUAAAUGUUAGAUUGAACUUUAACAUCACAAAUGAAAUAGCCUUGCUAAUUAUAACUUUAGUAGUGUCAGACUUACUUCCACCUUUCUGCAUAGCCUUACCAAAAUCCAGUUGAAGUCAAUGCGAUAUGCAUAUUGGAAAGAUGUAUAAAAUAUACAGGAAUUUGGACAUUUAUUACAUCUUAAUUGCCACUGAAUUUGUCCUUUUUUUUUUUCAAUUUGACAAUUUUUAUUUUUUGGGUUUGCGUGGGGUACAGAAGAGAGAAGGGUUAGGGUUGUAGCGUUAUCAUCGUCGUACAGUUCCCAUCAGUAAAGUACGUUGUUGUACAUGCUUACACAACAAUAAACAGCCUGAUUUAGCAAGAAACAACAUUAUUAAACAUCAUUGUUAAACGCCUCCGGACAAGAUUUGUGUCAGAUCUUGCCAUCUGUCUAAUGAGGUGUACGUGGAUUGGUCUGUCCUUCUGCCUCAGCUGUCUAUGCGGCCCCUUGUUCUGGGACUUCUUUAGUCUUAGUGCUCCUAGAAGCACAGCUUGGUGUGUGCAUUAAGGUUGCUAAUUGGGGGGAGGUGGUUAGAUGGGGAGAAUGGGAGGGUUUGUUACUUUCCUCGUCUAGCCCCAGAGGAUUUCUCUGGCGAGCCUCGUGAGCCCUUAGGCUCCCUUGGUUCCUUUGUGUCGCCUGUUGCGUGUUACCAGUACUUCAUCAUGCGGUCUGGCAGCUAGCGAGUGUUCUAGCUGACUCCUUUUGUUAACAUGAAUUUGUCCUUUUUGUCACCACAUCCAGAGACACUCUACCCAGCCUUUCUCAUUCCCACCACAUCCAGAGUCUUUCUCUUUUGCACCAUACCCAUCUACAUCACACUUCCCAAAUACUCUGCUCCACCAAUCUUCCUCAAACGCUACUAAAUCAAUUUUGCUUUUCCUACAUCCCCCAUAAUGUCUUACUCAGAGAAUCUUUGCUCCUCCAUGCUUGUCCCUUACACAUCCCUCAUUUAUCUACAUUCUACCACAUUCAGAGAAACUUUGUUUCCACCAUCCAUUUCCUUUCCAGGAGAUUUGCUCAGAAUCAUGGGAAAUGUAGUUUGUUACAAGCUGAGCAUUCAAAUUUAGACGUGAUUAUUACUUACGUGUUAUUACGUGUUAUUGAUCAGAUAUACACAGAAACAUCAACUUUUCUGUUCGCCUUCCCUGUGCCUCUUUCCUCCCAAAUCUGACUGUAUAUUGUUUUCAUAAAUAACUUUCCAUCAUAACCGCCAUUGUCUUCUCCCUUCCAUUCUCUCCUCCCAGGCUCCUGGGAGUCUCUUCCUUUCCAGCUCUGAGCUUUGUUGUAGAUACUACUGGCAGCAUGGGAGAGGAGAUCACAGCAGUCCGACGCCAGGCCCACAAUAUAAUUUACCGUCAGAACAUGCUUCCUCCUGACCACUUCAUUCUGGUUCCCUUCCACGACCCAGGUACAUCUCAAAUCACCAUUUUCGUUAGUUGUCUUCUUCCUUUAGCAUACAAGGGUUCCAGCUUUUAAAUAACAUGUAUGAUACAUUUUUGGUAUAUAAGUCAUAAUUAAUUUAUCUAUAUUUCUAGGUUUCUCAAUCAUCAAGUGGGUCUUUUUCCAUCUAUAAAUUGAUUUUACACUCCAUAACAUUAAUGACACUUGAACUGUAAAAUGUGGUUAGUUGUUUCGGAGUGGUGAAUGAGAACUCAAGGUGCAAUCCAAGAGCGUUGGGACCAUUCGUAGACCCCUAUUGUAGUAUGUGAUAAAAUAUUGACCUCCUUGUUGCUUUUAGGUUUUGGACCUCUUUUGGAGACCAGUAACCCUAGAGAAUUUCUAAAUCACUUGGAUUCUUUAAGUGCUCUAGGAGGGGGAGAUGAACCAGAAAUGUGUCUAUCAGCUCUGCAGGUAUCUAUCAGUCUGUCAAUCUGCCCAACUUGGCAAGAAUAUGUGGAUAUUUUUGUUCCAUUUUUGAUGUAGUUAAAAUGUAAAAAAAAUAGUCCCUACAAAAUCGGAUACUAUUUGAUGAUGUAUCUCCCUCGUGCCUGCCCUUUUACAAUAAUGCCAUUAUAUUUUCAGCUGGCUCUGAUCCACACCCCUCCUUAUUCUGAAAUCUUUGUGUUCACGGACGCUUCAUCCAAAGACAUGGAGUUGAGGAGCUCAGUGGAGGCUCUGAUCCAGGAGAGAAAGAUCAAGGUCAGAUGUCUUAGAAUAGCACAUGGAGUAGAAUGUUGAGUGGAAGUGAUUGAUGGGGAACAUGAAACCAAACUGAGACAAUAGAAAAACGCUCCAAGUCAGAGGAAGAAAUGUUUGAACUUCAGUUUGUUUAAAAUAAACUUAUUUAAUUCAUUAUGAAAUUAUUUAAUCUUAUUUUAAAAAAGCUGUUAAGAAGUUCAAAAAAAGUCUAUGAAAGUUGUAAAAUAAGUCUGUUUUCAUUUUUAUUCCCCAAAUAAUCUGUCUUUUAGAGCAGACAGGGGCUGCCGUCUUGUAAUAUCAUAUGUUAAUUUUUAUGAUCAAUCCCCAUGGCUUGAUUUAAUAAUUUGUUCUGAUUGGCUGAGUGAAAACAACAAGUUGUUAAUCAAAAUGCAGCCUUGUUUCCAAAUGGGUUAUUAUAUUUUAUUGAUAUAAAGAAUGCAGCCUCGUUUCCUAUUAUAUUUCCAUAAUAUUUUCUAUUAUAUUUUACAGAUUUUAUAAUCUAAUUCCUCAAAAAAAAAAUAGACUUUCACAUGUAUAUUCAAAUGUAUUUUCCAAAUCUAAACCAUUUCUACUAAGCUAUUACUGAACCUGUGAAUAGGUUCUGACAGUCAGAAUUAAGAGUAGGAGGACUGUUAGAGGAACUUUGCAAUUAUACAACAAAGAAUUCUUUUCUCAGGUAUCUUUCUUGAUCACUGAGGAUCCCUCCAGGACGCAGGGCCGUGGGCGUAAGAGGAGGGAACUGUUACGCCAGGACAGGUUUAAUCUCUAUUCUGAACUCGCUUUCACAUCCGGCGGACAGAUCAUCUUCUCCAACAAUGAAGACAUUAAUGCCGUGACAGACAUAAUUAAAGAGUCUUCACACUUUGAUAUUGUGAGCAAACGUAUGUAAAGGCUUGUGGUUACGUGUGUGGAGUUAGAGAUUCGGACAUCAGCAAGUAAUAGGAGUGCAGUAAGUGGCUGGGGAGCAGUAAGUGAUGGGAAUAUGGCAAGUGAUGGGGAAUCAGCAGUCUUGGGAGUACAGUAAGUGACUGGGGUGCAGUAAGUAACUGGGGUGCAGUAAGUAAUUGGAAUAUGAUAAGUGAUGGGGAUUCGGCAGUGCUGGCAGUACAGUAAGUGACUGGGGUGCAGUAAGUACUUGGAAUAUGUCAAGUGAUGGGGAAUCAGCAGUCUUGGGAGUACAGUAAGUGACUGGGGUGCAGUAAGUGGCUGGGGUGCAGUAAGUAAUUGGAAUAUGGCAAGUGAUGGGGAUUCGGCAGUGCUGGCAGUACAGUAAGUGACUGGGGUGCAGUAAGUAAUUGGAAUAUGACAAGUGAUGGGGAUUCGGCAGUGCUGGCAGUACAGUAAGUGACUGGGGUGCAGUAAGUAAUUGGAAUAUGACAAGUGAUGGGGAUUCGGCAGUGCUGGCAGUACAGUAAGUGACUGGGGUGCAGUAAGUAAUUGGAAUAUGACAAGUGAUGGGGAUUCGGCAGUGCUGCCAGUACAGUAAGUGACUGGGGUGCAGUAAGUAAUUGGAAUAUGUCAAGUGGUGGGGAUUCGGCAGUGCUGGCAGUACAGUAAGUGGCUGGGGUGCAGUAAGUGAUUGGAGAGGUGCAUUAAGAAGAAUAAACUCACACUGUGCUUUUCUUUUUUUCGAUUCAUGUAGGUGAAUCUGCUUGAUGUGAAGAGCGAGAAGAGGGGUGAAACCACCCACAUGUUCGAGAUUGAUCAUUUCAUACGUAACGUCACUCUCUUUAUAAAUGGCGAUAUCAGAGGAAUCAAUGUCUAUAACCCUGACGGUAAGAACAAAGGACCUGUGUGUUAAAAAUAUGAUCCUCAGGCCAUUCUGAGUAAUUUAACCAAUUCCUCCUCUUUAUUUCGACUAACACAAUUAUAUCAUCUGUUACUCUUUGAGUAAAGAUGGCGUAAGUGUGAGCUGUCUAUACAGAUAAAUGCUCUGAUACGGUUACACCACGCUGCUAUAAGCCAUAAUUAGCCGACCGUAAAGGAAUUAUGUACGAUUCUGUGCAAUAUAAACUACAAAACUAAAACUGCUGCCGCAAAGAUAAAGUAAAAUCUUUAAAAACCAACAUUUACAUCAAUGCGCCAAUGCGAAAAUAGCAGCGAGAUAAUGAAAAUGUCUCUACAGGAGCCUCACCAGUUUAUAUCGAUUUACAACGCUAGAUGCUUGAGGUUACUUUAUUUAGGCUUUUCUCUCUCCUACUAGGCCACAUUCAAAAUGUCAAAAACCACAGGGAAGGCUUGUUCACACGAAUAUCCCUAGAAGAUCCUCUAAUGGUGGGGAAUUGGAGCAUCGCUGUCGAAAACACGAAACCAUACACAUUGCAUGUGCAAGGUGACCGGAGUCAUUCAGCUUUCUCUAAUAUUCACGCACUAUUAUUAUUACAUCCCUUGAUUAAUUUCUCUAUCGUUAAGUCAGUUAUCCUCUAUUCACUGCUCGCUUCGUCCUUCUCUCAUUAAGGCAGAAGUCUUAUAAAACGAAUGUCCUUCAAUGUAUCUUUUUUAUCCAUUAUGUACGUUGUAUCUUCUCACAUCCUAAUCUUUCUCCUCUUCCAUCUUUCUGUCUCCCCCCUUUUCCUGUCGUGUAACUUUCUUUGUAAUCGUCUCCCUUUCUGUUACACAGGACGGAGUUCUUUUGACUUUCUGUACUAUUUUGGGUCUUUCCUGAAUGGGUCUCACCCUGGACUUUAUAAAUACACCAACCAACCAGUGGCAGGUAAGUCAUUUAAUAUACCUAGUGUCUCCAAGGCACAAUUCUCUACCUAUCUGUUCAGCACGUGUCACUUAGUACCCCUCUUCAAUUCACUAUUGUAUGGACACCAUUUUUUUUAGUGCUCGUUUCAAUAGCGAGUUCAGCUUAAGAAGUAAGUCCCUAAUAAAACGGAUUAUUCAGCCUAGCGCACUCCUGCUGCUGUGAACUGUAUAAUGUGCCUCAUUUGGCCACAUUCUAAUUUCAAAGCACCGUUACCAACCCUCAUUGCUGGAGAUUAAAGGGUCACUCUGGACCCCUAAAGUUCUUCAGCUUGCUGAAAUGCUUUAUGUGUAAAGAGUGUUUUUCUUUCUUUUUGUUCUCCUUAAUUUUACAAAAAGUGAAGAUUUCAAUAGAAAUUGACAAUUUUGUAAAUGAACCUUGUUACAGCCCCCCUGACUGUCAGUCAGAUAACCGGUCCUGUUACUUCCUGGUUUGGUUAGCUCAGUGGAGCUAAACUCAUGAUGCAGUAAUUGCCCAGAGCACCUGUCUUGUAAAGACGUCUCAUUGAGCUGCAUUAAGAAGCCUGUGAUUGGACAGCCACAGAAAGUCUGGGCGGGGUUAGAAGGGGAGCGCUUGUAAAGGAUGCAGACAAGAGAUCUACAUCUUUUGCAAGUGUUUUUAUAUAUACCCACAAUGAAAUAAUGCAUAAUUAAAAGCAUGCAAGUGUUCGUUGGGGGUAGUUGGUUUGGUGUUUAAAAUAUCCCUUUAAGUUUACUACUACUGCUACAAUUACUCAUCAAAAGCAAAUCUGUAGCUCCUGGAGCACAGCAAACCAAAAUGUAUUGUAGGUUCUUCCAACCACUGUUGGUUUUAAAAAGUGAAGUUUCUCUUCUUUUACCACCACAGGUGUUCCUUCAGUCUUGGUUGUUGAAGCCAUUGGCCUCCCAGAGGCUGCUCACCUGGACCAAGUCUCCCUGACAUUCACUCAAGGAGAGACGCAUAUGUUGCCACUGGAACCGACCAAUCAGAGCAGGCUCCUGAUUGCAGAGGUGGGACACCUGCCCAUUGGUGAGUUCAGAGUCGGGGUGACCGGCCAGGAUGGCACUGGGCAUGUACUUCACCGGGAGGCCCCACAGCAUGGGAAAGCUACGGAAUGUGUGGUGGAGGUGCGCAUGAAACCUAAUACUGCAUCCUGUGAUUGUUACAAUGUGUCUUGUACUAAUCCCUAGACUUCGCACUAAUUCUUUGCAGCUGUUAUGGACUCAUUAAAUUAUCUGUGGAGUCCUAUUUAUUGAAUAAAGAUUCCAGAGAUAAAUCCCAAAUGGACCAAUUCGUUUGGGCAUUGAUUAAGAGGAAUUUGAUUUGUUCAUAGCAGCUGAAAAAAAGUUUACUAACCACGCCAGUAGUAAUGUUGUACUAACCAUGCCAGUAGUAAUAUUGUACUAAUCACGCCAGUAUUAAUAUUGUACUAACCACACCACUAUUAAUAUUGUACUAACCACACCAGUAGUAAUAUUGUACUAACCAUGUAAGUAGUAAUAUUGUAUUAACCAGUAUUACUAUUGUAUUAACCACGCUAGUAGUAUUAACCAGUAUUACUAUUGUAUUAACCACGCCAGUAGUAAUAUUGUAUUAACCACGCCAGUAGUAAUAUUGUACUAAUCACGCCAGUAUUAAUAUUGUACUAACCAUGCCAGUAGUAAUAUUGUACUAACCAUGCCAGUAAUAAUAUUGUACUAACCAUACCAGUAGUAAUAUUGUAUUAACCAUGCCAGUAGUAAUAUUGUAUUAACCACACCAGUAGUAAUAUUGUACUAAUCACUCCAGUAGUAAUAUUGUACUAAUCACGCCAGUAUUAAUAUUGUACUAACCAUGCCAGUAAUAAUAUUGUACUAACCAUACCAGUAGUAAUAUUGUACUAACCAUACCAGUAGUAAUAUUGUACUAAUCACGCCAGUAGUAAUAUUGUACUAACCAUGCCAGUAAUAAUAUUGUACUAACGAUGCCAGUAGUAAUAUUGUACUAACCACGCCAGUAGUAAUAUUGUACUAACCAUGCCAGUAUUAAUAUUGUACUAACCACGCCAGUAGUAAUAUUGUACUAACCACGCCAGUAGUAAUAUUGUACUAACGAUGCCAGUAGUAAUAUUGUACUAACCACGCCAGUAGUAAUAUUGUACUAAUCACACCAGUAUUACUAUUGUAUUAACCAUGCCAGUAGUAAUAUUGUACUAACCACGCCAGUAGUAAUAUUGUACUAACGAUGCCAGUAGUAAUAUUGUACUAACCACGCCAGUAGUAAUAUUGUACUAACCAUGCCAGUAUUAAUAUUGUACUAACCACGCCAGUAGUAAUAUUGUACUAACCACGCCAGUAGUAAUAUUGUACUAACCACGCCAGUAUUAAUAUUGCACUAAUCAUGCCAGUAGUAAUAUUGUACUAAUCACACCAGUAUUACUAUUGUAUUAACCAUGCCAGUAGUAAUAUUGUACUAACCACGCCAGUAGUAAUAUUGUACUAACCACGCCAGUAUUAAUAUUGCACUAAUCAUGCCAGUAGUAAUAUUGUACUAAUCACACCAGUAUUACUAUUGUAUUAACCAUGCCAGUAGUAAUAUUGUACUAACCACGCCAGUAGUAAUAUUGUACUAAUCACGCCAGUAGUAAUAUUGUACUAAUCACGCCAGUAAUAUAAUAAAUCCAUAUACCCUUAAUACCCCAACUACUAUAUUUAAUAUGUUUACAAUGUAUUUUUCAUCUCAGCAUGGUCAUUGCAAACUUCAUUAAUCACACUAUCUCCACUAAUAUCCAGGAUUUGUAAUUACAUUGUCACACUGGACUGAACUAACCUUGUUAAUGAGUUUAUAUAAUAUUUUACCGCUAACUGUUUGUGAAUAUGGACUGGGACUACAUUGAUAAGAAUCCACGUCUUCCCAGACAAACUUGUAAUUAGCAUAACGUCUACAUCAACGGGAAUGUCAGAUUCUGUAGGGAGAAAUAUAACAUCUAUGUUUUCUAUAAAACGUCUUAUGUAAUUUAGGUCUAUUUCAUUCUGCAAGGUGAUUGUAGCCCAAAAUAGACAAUUCUUUUCAAUUUGACAUUUUUUUUGCUUAAAACUUGAAAUUUUCUUACAAUCCUCCAAAAUGUAAUCCAAAUAUUCGAGAGAAAAAUUCAGUUACAAUGUGAUGUCUUAUAAAAUUAUAUUAGAUUAAUGAUCAUAAGUCCAAAUUUUACUAUGGGUCAAUAAGGCACUUGGAUUUUUUUUUUAUUAUUAUUAUUAUUAGCAAAUUCCAUGAAAGGUGUUUUUUAAAAAAAAAAAAAUUAUUUGUGUAAAUUCCCUGCAUUAGCCUGAGUGCAAAAUAAAGAAGGGAUAAAAUAUAACUUUUUAUUCAGAGAACCAAAGGAGUGGAAUCAUCUGCACCUGUUAUUUAUAGAAAUAUGAAUUUGUGUUUUUAAGAUUGGUUUAUACAUUUAUAGUUAUGUAUUUUUAACCCUGUAAAGAACACUGGUUAGAUAAAUCCCUUUGUAGUGCGACAUGCCUGCCAUACCACUGGUAUGCUAAGGGUUAAAUCUUUUAGAUUUGAGGUUUUAUGGUUUUCACUCCAAUAAUUUCAAAAAAUUAUUAUUCUCAGUUCCGAUCACUGAUAUAUAUAUACAUAUAUUCUUGUAUUGGUUUUUGUGUGUGUAAAAUGUUUAUAUAAUAUAAAUAAUAAUAAUAUGAUUACUUGCCAGUAAUGGUCCUGUGUUGUCUAACGCGCCAUUAACCCUUUAAUACUCAGAUAUCCACGAUGCUUGAACAUGGCCUGGCUGAAGGCAAAAGGCACCUAAUGUCACUUAUGGUCACUAAAUACGGUUCCUCUAACUGCUACGUGGUCAGACUGAGCACCGAUAACAAAGAUUUCAAAGUGUGCACUGAUGUAAACAGGUAAGUUCUUAAAUCUCCGUCCCACCAGCAGUCAGUCUGCAUCAGGUAACGGAAUGUCUGUUUCAUCCUGUGUUUGACCUAAUUUUGUACCUUUUCCACUCCUGUUUCAUGUCCAGGACUGGUCAGUAGUUAUAGUACCAGGGGCCGAAUGUCUGUCUCUCAUUGAUUCACUUUGAUGUGUCACCAAUUAACACUACUAUAAUAACCUAACUGGUUGUAACCUGGUGUCCCUUUAACCUCCGAAAUGUAAUUAAGGAUUUACACCAGAAUGCCACCUCUCCGGCAGUGGAAAUGUCUCGGCCUUUGUUGAGGACAAUGGCCGCAGGAGAUAUUUGCGUGAUGUUGCGUUUCAAAGUAUAAAAAUCAAUGAACUGGGGAAAUUGUCUAAGGACAAACAACUCUGAUAUAAUCCUUAAUUGCUAUAAAAAUAUCCACGCCUUGCAUUCACGUUUCCAAAUUGCCAUUUCUGAUUAUGACCCGUUCAUGCCCGUUUCUGCACAGGGUCGAGUUUGGAGCUAUGGACAGCGUGAAUGCAUCAGAAUUCUGGAUCGAAGCUCCGAACACAAUGAAUACAGAUUCAAUGCUGACUGUUACAGCAACAGCCGCAAGCUGUCACGAUAAAACCAAAACUUGUUUCACCAUGCAACGGCUGCCCGUGAAAAAGAAACCAGAGGUAAAUUAGAUCUAACACCCCUCUACGCCAUCACUGGUAUUUAACAUGUUCCACUGCAUUCUAACGCUGAUAUAUAUACAUAACAAAGCUAAAAAAGCAUAUAAAAAAAACUGAGGUCUUUGACAUGUGUAAAUUAAAACCGGAAAACAAAUUAUAUUUACUUUCCGCACAUAUUACUUUGAUUUAUUAUGAAUGAUUUAUUUUUGCGAACACUUUAUCAACAUGCAGAUAUCAGCCCUGUGCUCCAACUCCCGCUACUCGUAGGCUGCAACAAUGUCUACAGUAUUCGUCAGCCUCAAUAUAUAAAUAAACGUUACGCCUACAUUGUGUAAGCAAAUCCCCAUCUUUGUUUGUUAAGAUAGGUGAUUUUAAGUAACCCUGUAAAAUGUAAUAGUAUUUUUGUGUGUCUGCCGUUUCUUAAUCUGUAUUUUAAAUAUUUAACCAAUACAGAGAACUUUUAUAUAUUUUUUUAUAUAUUUGGGCUGAUGGGUAGUAUAUCCUAACUUCCUCCAUGCACUUCCUUUAUCCUAACAUCCUCCAUGCACUUCCUCUAUCCUAACUUCCUCCAUGCACUUUCAUUUAUCCUAAUGUCCUCCAUGCACUUACGCUAUCCUAACUUCCUCCAUGCACUUCCUUUAUCCUAAUGUCCUCCAUGCACUUCCUUUAUCCUAACGUCCUCCAUGCACUUCCUCUAUCCUAAUUUCCUCCAUGCACUUCCUUUAUCCUAACAUCCUCCAUGAACUUCCUCUAUCCUAACUUCCUCCAUGCACUUCCUUUAUCCUAAUGUCCUCCAUGCACUUCCUUUAUCUGAACGUCCUCCAUGCACUUCCUCUAUCCUAAUUUCCUCCAUGCACUUCCUAAACAUUUUGUUUCCAUUGUUCACAUCUAACUUCCUAUAAACACCUCACUAACUCCCUAUGUCUACUUUCCCUGCCUUCUCGAUAUCCUAUGUCCACUUCCUCUUUCUUCUUUGAUUUCCUGUGUCCCCUUACUCUGCAUACUUUGACUUAUGGAUUCCAUCCACUCUUAUUACCUGUUUGAUUUACUCCUGUCUAACUCACUUUGAGAACUUCCUACGCUUAUUCCGUGUGAUCAUAAUUGCCCCUCUCUUUUCGUCGAUCCAUUUAAUCUUGCCCCUGUACUUUUCCCCUAAAUUAAUUUUCCCACAACUCAUAAAUUAUUCUCCGUUCUCUUUGAUCUUCCUUUUUCGCCUUUUCCUCUUUAAUUUUCUUUUUCACUCUUCUUCCUUUUUCUUCCCUCUGGUAUUCUUAGGCAAUUCCCCUGAUUUUCCCAAAUUGUACCAUCCUUUCUUACGCUGGCAUAUGUCCACUCUCUGAGCUUCCAAACCCGUGCAAGCAGCACCCCUGGAGUGUCACCUUCCUAGGACUGCAUUCUGACGGCAUUGAAUCGGUUCGAGUUCUACACGGCGCAGGUUCUGUCCUGCAUGAGACAGAUGGGAUUUAUGAACAUAUUCAUUUCACAUCAGACUGCUGCUCAAAGGAAGUGGAACUUCUGCUAAUCUCCUACACGAAAACGAGUGGCUAUUGCCAUGCACGUGCCCUUUCUGCUUCCGCACAGCCGAGUCAAGACAAACUCAUGGUGUUUUUGGUUGGCAUAAUAUUUAUAUGGAUUAACUCUUGGUAGAGAUAUAUAACCCCAUUUUUGGACUGAUUUGGCAUUUCGAACAAUGGCUAUUUCAAUAUUUUGGUUCGGAAGAAGCUCGUACACGUCUUUCAGUCAUCUUGGAUUGUAGACAGAAGAAAACCCAUAUAUUGACGUGGAUCUAUACAGCCAAAAGAACAACUCGAGAGAGAGAGAGAGAGAUUUCUGAAUAUUUAACAUUCUAAACUCAGAAGCACAAAAUACCUUUUUCCGUACAUGUGUGAUUGGACUGCUGCACAUCAUUGACCACAAACGGUGUGAUAAUUAAUUUCUGUAUCAUGAGACCGAGUGACAGCAAAUCUCUACUGUUGAUGUUUGUAAUAAAUAAUAUAAAAUUAUGUGUGAAUGCAUGUGAAUGUGUAGAUACUGUGCUUCUUGUCGAUGCAUUUUAAAAAAUAUACAUAUUUGUGGUUGUUGUUUAAUAAAAUUUAUUUAAAUUUUCUUGUCACUAAAUUAAGCACUUAAAGGAACACUCCAGAACCCUAAAGCACUUUAGCUAGCUGAAAAGUUUUAUGUGUGAAGAGUGUCUUUUGGAUAAAGCGUAGAUUUCAAUAAAAAUUGACACAUUUUUAUAAAUUAUAUUGGUUUCACCCACUGGCUUUUCGAGGUGACUACAGGUCCUGUUACUUCCUGGUUUAGUUACAUUAUUUGUACUGAAAUCAAGAGGCAGCAAUUGUCCAGAGCACCUGCCUUGCAAAGACAUCUCAUUGAGCUGCAUUGUGAAAUCUGUGAUUGGACAGCCACAGAAAGUCUGGGCGGGGUUAGAAGGGGAGGGCUUGUAAGGGCUGCAGACCAGAGAUCUUCAGUUUUUACAAUCUGUGUUUAAAUAAACCACCAAUUAAAUAAUGCAUAAUUAACGUAUGGAUGUUUUCAUUUAGAGUAUAUCUACUAAACAGUGAUUUUUAUUUAUUUUGUAUUUAGGCAGUGGAGUGUCCCUUUAAGGGGAGAAGAGAGUCAACAUGUAUUAUUAUUAUUAAAACAUUAUAUAGAUAAAACAUCUAUUAAAUAAAUAAUACAAAUAAGUUAAACUAAAAUAAAAAGUGGAUGUGUGCUAUUGCUCUAUAAACAGUCAUAUUGCAGCGGCUAACAGCACGCACUUAUAGUCUUUCUCAUACAGCGCUACACAGUGAAUAAAAGCUGUUACAGAUUAGAAUUUGAGUAAAGAUUUUUUGUUACUAAAAAAACCCAGCAAAUAAACUACGUGUAAAGUGUGUGUGAAGAAAAUGAAACAAUA